CAAGUGACCAGCCCGACCUAUAUAAAGUAGCUACCGGGUGUCAUGGGCAUCAUUCGAACCCAGUCUACUAGACGAACACUUCCACAAUGGCCUUCAAAUUCUUCGUCUUCGCCGCCCUCGUGGCCGUCUCCAGAGCCUCCAUCGUGGCCCAGCCUAUCACCUACGCCCAGGUGCCCGUCGUAAAAACCGUCAUCGACUCCGAGUACGACCCCAACCCACAGUACACCUACGCUUACGACGUCCAGGACCCCUUCACCGGCGACUCCAAGAGCCAGGUCGAGUCCCGCAGCGGAGACGUCGUCCAAGGCCAGUAUGCCCUCAACGACCCCGACGGCACCCGUCGUACCGUUGACUACACCGCCGACCCCAUCAACGGCUUCAACGCCGUGGUCAGGAAGAGCCCCAUCGUGCAGGCCAUCCAAACCGUCGCCGCCACUCCCAUCGUAAAAUCAGUUCCCGUCGUACAUUCCAACAAGGUCGUUGAAGUGACCAACCCCGUCGUCACUAAGGUCGCCAGUCCUGUGGUCGCUAACGUCAACACCGUCGCUUACUCUGCUCCCGUGUCGCAGGUCGCCUACGCCGCCCCCGCGGUGAACGUCGUCGACAAUGUUGUCCAGAGCCCAGUGGCGUACACCAACGGGUAUGCCUACCCGUACGCCUAUAAUGCUUACAGUGUUCCUUAUGUUAGAGCCCAGUACUACUGAACUAAAUUUGAUGUAUAGACUUGACCCUUGUACAAUGUAUUAUUAGGAUAACGCAAUAAAAUUUUUUGUGUA